AUGGAUCAGCUUCGAGUAGUUCACAGGAAAUUGCUUUCCGCGGUGGGUUUGGCGGCCAUCCUCUUCAUCAUAAUAGUAAUCAUGGCACCAGUACCCUCGACCUGCAAAACCACGACUCACAUCACCAACAAGCUAAGCAGUGGGGUGCUGAACGCGCACUGCGGAUCCAGUGGGGACGAUCUUGGCAACCGCACUCUCGCCGUCGAUGAGGGCUUCGGCUGGAGCUUCUCGGAAUCGUUUGGGACGCUCUUCUGGUGCUACCUCGAGGCGGAAGGCUACCGUCUUCAUUUCGACGCGUACGAUGGAGCGCACGAGAACAAGUUCAGCGAGCAGUGGGAGGUCCGUGAUGAUUGUGUUCAUGGGAAGGAGGUGAAUACCGGCGACGAACUCACUCUCGGUGUCUGGACUCCAGUUCAACAAUGA